AUUUAACACGUUAAUAGAUGUCACUUGUUUGUACUUUUUCAAAUUAGCUUUGUUUAUACUUGCUAAGAGAAAACUUUUUAUUUAUACUACUAAUAAUUUCUCAAGAUAAAUUACUAUGCCACCUCCAUCUGCUAGUCGAAAGUUUAUGUAUCCUGAACAAUCAGUUCCAUAUUCGGUAUAUAUAAAACAAGAACACCCUGAUGAAUUAUUUGCCAAACUUGAGAAACCGAGCAAAUUGCAAUUGGAGGAGAGACCAACAUUCUUAAAAGUUGGUGCACUUGCAACAGUCAAAGGUUCCGCAUACAUGGAAUAUGGCAAAACGAAGGUAAUGGCAUCGAUUGAACCUCCACGUGAGUUGAACAAGCAGACCAAGAAAAUUGGAACUUUGGGUUUAGUUACGUGCACAUUAAAGUAUGCCCCAUUUGCCGUGAAGGAUCCAGCAUGUAUACCGAGAAAGGAAACUUCUAUGGCGUUAGCCUUAAAAAAAGCUUUGGAACCUGUUAUUUGUCGUCACGAAUUUCCAUAUUUUCAACUUGAAAUAAAAGUAUUAAUAAUAGAUGAUGACGGAUGCGCACUUAGUACAGCAAUUAAUUGUUGUGGUGCGGCUUUGGUAGAUGCUGGUAUUGCUACAUAUGACCUAAUAACAGCAUCGACGGUGUGCAAAUAUAAAGAUGUGGAAUUCGUAAAUCCAAACGCUGUUAUCGAACAAUUGGUUUCAACGAUAACCAAUUCUGAAAGCGAUGAAGAACAUGGCAUCGUUGUUACCGCUAGUUUGGCCGCAGUUGACCAAAUAACUGAAUGUUUUCAAAAGGGAUAUUUUAAGCCGGAAACGCUCCAACAACUAACGGAUCAUACUUUGGCUAUCAAUGAACGAAUAUUGGAUACAGUACGUUAUGUGUUAUUUAACAAGGUCAAAACACUAUUGGAAAAAGAAAAAGAUGCAAGAGAAGUAAUUGAAACUAUCAAUGCUAUUACUGAGAGUACAGUUGCGGAGUAAAAAAAAAUAUAAAGCUGUUUUACGAAUUAGAAAAUGUUUAUUUUUGGAAAACUACAAUAUAUCAACAUUUAUAUAGUGAAA